AUGUCGCUGGUAACGGUACAGCGUUCACCGACACCAAGUGAAAAUGGAAAUUAUGACCAGACGGAUAUUGAUGCUUCAGAAUGUAGUUCGCCAGUAUUUAAAGAAGCAAUUCCAAAUACGGAAUGCUAUUUUUAUGUGAAAGGUACUGCAGUGAUUUUGCUGCAACCUGAUCGUUCCAAUGUUAGACAUCGUAGUUCCGGUGGUGAAAUUGAGGAGCAUUUGCAAGCAAUGUUAAAUAUCUUACCUCCUCAAGACACUUUAACAAUGGCUGUGAGAUUACAACCGCAUAGCAAUGAACCUGUAGGUUCGGUAAACCAUGCUAGGUAUUUAGCCGUUGUAGCUUCAACACAUCACUGCAAGGACUUCAUGCAAAAUUUUCGAGAAGUUGUUUUACUUGGUAUUAACUGUCUGCCUGCUAAUAAAAUCACAAUUGGUGUUGCAAUUCCCGUUAAUGCGACUACUCGAAUUAGUUUAGAUGGUGAUGGUGGUGUCGUUAUUGACUUCGAUUCAUCUUUUCACAUAUUCAGACCUGUUUCAGUUCAAGCAAUGUGGACUAUGUUUCAGAGAUUACAUAAGGAGUUAAUAGAAGCAGAGAAUAGUAAAGGCCUGACGCAGCAAAUAGUGAAAACUUUGAAACUUCGAAUCGAUUAUUAUAACGAACAAGUUUCGUCUGAUGAUGCAGUAAUUUCAAUUUGGGAGCGCUCAACACCGUGUUGUGACAAUAAAUCUCGAGAUGAUCUAGGAGCUACAGCUGCCGAUGCCAAACGAUUCAGUCACGAAUAUCAUAGUGAUGACAACUUCAUUGAGGCACGGAUUUAUGAACAGUUAAAAGAAGUAAUGCAAACCGUCGAUCUGGAUGAAGUAACAAGCAGAGAUAUCCGCUUAAAGGUAGAAGAAGGUGUGAAUAUGAAGUUAGAUGGAUAUAAGGAUUUUAUAAGUCGUCAGAUGAUGGUUAUUAUGGGUCAGAUGGAUACGGCGUCACAGAUUUUUCCUUACCUUUACUUGGGCACAGAGUGGAACGCGUGCGACUGGCAGUGGCUUGAAAAUAAUGGAAUCAAGUAUAUAGUAAAUGUAACAAAUGAAGUAGAAAAUUUUUUUCCUGCUCGACUAAAAUAUCUCAAAAUACGUGUUUCCGAUGAAGCUAGUACCGAGUUAUUGAAAUAUUGGAACCAGACAAAUCACUUUAUCAAAGAAGCAAAAGAGAAAGGAAGCGCUGUGCUAGUUCAUUGUAAAAAAGGUAUUAGUCGAUCUUCUUCUACCGUUAUAGCUUUUGCAAUGAAGGAAUAUGGUUGGGCUUUGUCACAAGCAAUGGAACAUGUAAAAAAUAAACGAGAUUGCAUCACACCGAAUAUUGGUUUUGUCGAGCAAUUGAAAACAUUUGAAGGGAUGCUACAUGCUUUCAAGAAGCGCAAUCAUUUUGAUGUUAUACCAUCAACAUCAGUUGAACCCGCUGAGUCUGUACGUUUUCGACGUGUUUAUGAUAAAGGCGGUGAUUCUACAAAUAGUCUGGAAAUAGUUCAUGUUCAAAGUAAAAAUGAAGAGUGUGUAUCAAACAUGGUAAAAAGUUUGGUUGGCAGUUUUGAGGCCAAAAAUCGUACUGAUAUGCAUGAUAUAAAUGAAACCACAUUAUCUGAGGGUAGGAUAAAUCGACCACCCGUGACAUUUCGGUCGCAGGAUAUAACGGACUGGAAACUGCGAAAUCGUAUGACUGUGCCAGUCACUAAUAAUUGUGCGAAUCGUGAAUCUCGUGCACUUACUAUAUCACAGUAA